AGUACGACGACCUUUUGUAGCUUUUGUAGUACAGCAGUUACUAUAGUACUACUAUCUAUCUAGUAGAUCUAGUCAGUUUACUUUUAUCCAUUAUGCAGCAGAUAGACAGGUGUACAAAGAGAUUCAUUCUCUUCGCUAUUUUCCUCCUGCUUUUUGUGAUAUUAUUGGUACCCUUAUGGCGUCACCUGGAUCCGCAAGCAACAAGGAGGCAACAGCAGCUACCAGUGAUAGAUCCAGUUGUUUAUGCGCAUCAAAAGAAGGCCGCCAGUCCUGGUUCCCUAUCCCAAAAAAUUUCUCCUGAUCAUCCAUCAAGCCACAGUGACCUCUGGAUAGACUUGGAUCCAGAAAAGAUGACAAUAAUUCGAAGAACUGUAUUUUUUGAUUCUAGGAAACACUUUGGUCCUCAAAUAGUUAUAAUAUCUAUGCACCACGAUGCCAUUAAGGAGGAAAAACUAAACUUGUAUGCAAGGAUACCACAAACUAGUAGUGACAGUUAUAAUAAGGACAGAGGAUUCCAUUGCUUAAAAGUAUCUAAAUGGAAGCAAGUGGGUUGGGUAAGAGAGGACAUACUACCCCCUGAGACUUAUGUUGCUUAUCUCUUACGAAUCAAAGACUCAGUAGCUCUUAAUGAAGUACCUCCAUACAUUGAACUAACCACUGAUAAAGAAUGUAGGAAAGAUAUGCUGCCUAAGAUGCCUGUGUUCUAUGACCAGAGACCCAGAGAUGGGGUUUUUGCCGCUUGUACACAAAAGGGUCUGUUUGGACGUGUUACACCUGAAGAAGUGAUCAAUUGGGUUGAGAUCAACAGAGCAAUGGGAGCUGCAAUCAUCACUAUACAGAUACAGCAUGAUCAACUUGGGGAUGACAUCAAGCAGGUAUUACUACCAUACAUAAAGGAAGGAUUUGUAGAACUGAUUGACUGGAAAAUUACUGUCACUACACGAGACUAUGGAAUGUCAGCAGGUGCAAAUGAGUGCAUAUACCGUAAUGUGAACAGAGCACAAUUUGUGACUGUACACGAUGUUGAUGAGCUACUAGUACUACAACAACAUACAAACUGGCCAGAAAUGAUAACACACCUAUGCAAAUCACAAAUAUUAAUGAAUAUGCUAGUUUCAGCUUCAGAAACACCACAGAUACUACAAACUGCCACAUAUUAUUAGUAUUAUUAUUAGUA